AUGUGUCGAAGCUGGCCCCCAGGAUGUGUCGAAGCUGGGCCCCAGGAUGCGUCGAAGCUGGCCCCAGGAUGUGUCGAAGCUGGCCCCCAGGAUGUGUCGAAGCUGGGCCCCAGGAUGCGUCAAAGCUGGCCCCAGGAUGCGUCGAAGCUGCCCCCAGGAUGCGUCGAAGCUGGUCCCCAGGAUGCGUCAAAGCUGGCCCCAGGAUGUGUCGAAGCUGGGCCCCAGGAUGCGUCGAAGCUGGCCCCAGGAUGUGUCGAAGCUGGCCCCCAGGAUGCGUCGAAGCUGGCCCCAGAAUCCGUCGAAGCUAGCCCCCAGGAUGCGGGACCUCCAAGGGACCUCAAAGGGACCUCCAAGGGACCUCAAAGGGACCUCAAAGGGACCUCAAACGGACCUCCAAGGGACCUCAAAGGGACCUCCAAGGGACCUCCAGGGGACCUCCAAGGGACCUCAAAGGGACCUCAAAGGGACCUCCAAGGGACCUCCAGGGACCUCAAAGGUACCUCAAAGGGACCUCCAAGGGACCUCAAAGGGACCUCAAAGGGACCUCCAAGGGACCUCCAGGGACCUCAAAGGUACCUCAAAGGGACCUCCAAGGGACCUCAAAGGGACUUCCAAGGGACCUCCAAGGGACCUCCAGGGACCUCCAAGGGACCUCAAAGAGACCUCCAAGUGACCUCCGAGGGACCUCAAAGGGACCUCCGAGGGACCUCCAGGGACCUCCAAGGGACCUCAAAGAGACCUCCAAGUGACCUCCGAGGGACCUCAAAGGGACCUCCAAGGGACCUCCAAGGGACCUCCAAGGUACCUCCAAGGGACCUCCAGGGACCUGCUGGGUAG